AUGUUUACUAGAACACUAAAGACAUCAGUCAUAUCAUUGGGAUAUAGAUCCUUCUCCAACAUCAAGUCCUCUGGAGGUCGUCUAGACGGAAAGGUUGCCAUCAUCACAGGAGGUGCCGAUGGAGUUGGAAAGGAAUCCUCUUUACUCUUUGCCAAGGAGGGUGCCAAAGUACUGGUCGUUGAUCUUGAUGCCAACAAGGGAAACAGCGUCGUCUCCCAAAUCAAAUCCAACGGAGGAAACGCCUAUUUCUUCCAAGCUGACAUUAGCCAAGCUGCUCAGGUAAAGGAAAUGAUCGAGGUUGCCGAAAAGAACUAUGGAAAGCUCGAUAUCCUGUUCAACAAUGCUGGUAUUAUGAUAUCGGAGGAUGAUGACUCUAUCAACACCACCGAGGAGGUCUGGGAUAAGACCAUGAAUGUUAACCUCAAGGGUGUUUUCCUUGGAUGCAAAUAUGGAAUCCCUGCUCUAUUGCGUAAUGGAAAGGGCAGUAUCAUCAACACUGCAAGCUUUGUUGCUCUCAUGGGUGCUGCCACUCCACAAAUUGCAUACACUGCAAGCAAGGGAGGUGUACUGGCCAUGACAAGAGAGUUGGCAGUCAUUCAUGCCAAGCAGGGCAUUCGUGUGAACGCCCUCUGUCCAGGACCAUUAAGAACGGAGCUGUUGGACAAAUUCUUGAGCACUGACGAGAAGAGGAAUAGACGUUUGGUUCACUUACCAAUGGGAAGAUUUGGCUAUGCCAAUGAAGUUGCCAAUGGUGCUCUCUUUUUGGCUAGUGAUGAGUCAUCCUAUGUCACGGCAUCAACAUUUUUGGUUGAUGGUGGUCUCACUGCUUCAUACGUCACCGCCAUUUAA